AUAAAAAUUUUUGGGCUGGGGCGCAAGUCAAAAUGUGUCAAAAGUUGUUUUGGUGCAAUUUACAUUUUACGAUUUUACGCUAAAUCUACCAAAAUGUUCACACUGCUACAUGGUUUCUACAAAUAUCUGAAACAGAAGGACGAAUACUGUGUCCUGAUCUUAGGCCUAGACAAUGCUGGCAAAACGACGUAUCUGGAGGCAGCCAAAACAAAAUUUACAAAAAAUUAUCGUGGCAUCAAUCCCAGCAAAAUAACAACAACGGUAGGACUAAAUAUUGGACAAAUUGACCUGAGUGGCAUACGGUUAAGUUUUUGGGAUCUUGGCGGGCAGUUAGAAUUGCAAUCGUUAUGGGACAAAUACUACCAGGAAUCGCACGGCAUUAUUUACGUCAUUGAUUCGAACGACAGAGAUCGUAUGGAAGAGUCCAAAGAAGUAUUUGACAAAAUGAUUUCGAAUGAUCAUCUGUCCGGCGUCCCGUUACUUGUUUUAGCCAAUAAACAAGAUCUACCCGAUUGCAUGGGAGUUCGUGAAAUUAAGCCUGUUUUUCAACAUUCCGGAAGCCAUAUCGGUCGCAGGGAAUGCCUUGUGAUGCCAGUGUCUGCGCUGACAAAGGAGGGAGUGGACGAAGGUAUUCGAUGGCUGACCGAAAGUGUGAAACAAAAUAGCAUAAUCAGAAAACCGCGCGGAGUUAACGAUUGAUAAUGUAAUUGGGUGAGGAAAGGGGGAGGGGAAAAACAAAUCGUGAAAAUUAUUUUGUUGUUAUUUAACCAACGACGACCUCGAACGACUGUUAUAAAAUAUUUUUUUAAAUUUAGUGAAAUAAAAAGAUUUUUAGCUAUUUUA